ACACUCUGGUUGGAUCUGUUGAAGAUGAUGCGCAUAGACCGUAGAUACUACAGAUAACACUCCAGCUGCUUCAACAGCACACACAAACACCGAUCGAGUUCAACCAUUUCCCCAAUCCUGCGAUGAAAAAUUCUCCUUCCUGUCCAUUCAUUCCAUCGCAUCCGCGCACCGCAUUGGGAAUAGUUCCCCCAUCUUCAUCGUCCAUCCACCAGAUGUCGCAGACCACAGCAGGGCCCCCUAUAAGACUCUUGCUUACCCACAAGAAAUAAUGAUGGCCAGACUAUUUCUCGAUCUUGCGUCGCCCGUGUGCUAUCACCCACCAUGGCCGUACCUCCCAACCCAUCUCUGAGCGACUCCGCUCUCGGUUAUGUAGUGACCCAUCGCGGCAGCGUCGUGGAAAACCGACACCAAGUGCACGCUGCCGUCACCGAUGCAACGGGCCGCAUCUUAUAUGCCGUGGGCGAUCCCACGCGCGUCACCCUGGCCCGCUCGGCCGCGAAACCUGCCCAAGCCCUGGCGGUGGUGGAAACCGGCGCUCUCGAAAAGUUUGACUUCAAUGAGGCGGAUCUAGCGUUGAUGUGCGCCUCCCACAGCAGUGAAGAUCGCCAUCUUGCCCGGGCUCGCGCCAUGCUGAGCAAGGUCAGUAUGCAGGAAGAGGACUUACGGUGUGGGGGUCAUGCAGCCCUGUCGGAGGCUGUCAAUCGAGCCUGGAUCAAGCAAGACUGGACGCCGACGGCCAUCGCCAACAACUGCUCGGGCAAACAUGCCGGUAUGCUGGCAGGUGCCAGAGCCCUGGGUGCCACUACUGCAGAGUACCACUGCCCCACCCAUCCCCUGCAGCAGCAGGUUGCCCACGCUGUCGAGGAGUUGGCAGGCUUACCUUCAGAUCGUGUCCAAUGGGCCAUCGACGGCUGUAAUCUGCCGGCCCCCGCGUUACCCCUUCAGCAUCUGGCCGCUAUCUACGCCCGUAUUGCCAAUGCGGCCGAUGCGGUCCCCUCGGAUCAUCUGUCUCCUCGAACGCAGGCCCUAGGACGCAUCUUUCGAGCGAUGGCGGGCCAUCCGGAACUGGUGGGAGGAGAUGGUCGGUUCUGUACCGCGCUGAUGCAGGCAUUUGAGGGAGCUCUGAUCGGCAAGGUGGGAGCGGACGGCUGUUAUGCCAUUGGGGUGCGUGCUUCGAAUUACACGCAGCAACUGGGUAACAGCGGGGCUCUGGGGAUUGCGGUUAAGAUUGAGGAUGGCAAUCGGGGGAUACUCUAUGCCGCCGUGGUUGAGAUCCUGCGCCAACUCCAGAUCGGCUCUCCCGUGCAGCUGCAGUCGUUAGUCGCAUUUCAUAAACCCGAGAUCCGAAACACGGCCGGCGUGGUGACAGGGCACACCUCGCACCAAUUUCGGAUGGGCAAGGUAUAGUGGGAGGGAUUUGCAUCAUACUUGUUACUACUACUACUACUAGUUACGUACUACUACUUGCCGAUGAAUAGUAAACAACCUGC